UGUCGACGCAAGUCGUCUCAAUCAGCUGGAAGGCGAUGAAAAAUACACCCAAGAUGGUGAACACACAAGACUGGACACUAAACUCCAGAGUCUAUGUAGUGGAUGGGGAAAGGAUGAUGUUAAUGAGCCCAGACUACCGGAUUCCGUUGAGACUUGUCCCAGAGCUCAUGGAAAACAGAUUCUAUCUAGCCGACCCUUUAUUCCUCACUAUAGAGACUCGAGGGCCGCGUAUCAUGCAUAGAAUUUCGAACAGAUGAAAAUUGAAUGAAUCAUUCAUUCCAUCUUCCGUUCUUUCCAAGCGAAAAAUAGCUCGAAAUGUAGAAAAGGUUGGGAAUUAUAGAGAUGGUAGAGUAAUGCCGAGAUUAAUACCCAAGGGACUAGAGGGGAUAGAUAGAUAGAUAAGAAGAAACGGUGCCUCCCGCCUUAUUUAUGGUCCUAUGAGGUGUGGCGUUUCGUAUUAUCAAAAUCCAUCGGCUUAUCGUGCUUCCGUCCAACUGGACAACAUCACCAGCGGCAUACUCUCAAGUAUUCAUGGAUAAAUCCCAGAUGAAGGUGGUCUUUUCCGCCGAAAAUUCACAUAUUUCGAAAUAGUAAAGUCAGAGGAACAAUGAUGUGGAUACGUGUCACUAUGAUGUUGAGUGCUUUGGCACUGACAGCGGCCACAGGGGACUUUCGUCACAUCUCGUACGAAGAUUUGGUAGAGAGGAGCAGCCUCUUUUACGACGAAGGAGUGACGACGUACUCUCAACUUCUCUUUGACGUCGCCAGACAGCAGGUCGUUGUGGGUGCAAGAGAUAAUUUAUACCGUCUGACAUUGAACUCAUUGACUCUUCUGGAGCACGCGACAUGGCCAGCACCCCUUGAAAAGGCCUCUAUCUGUCAGGAUAAAGGUCAGACCGCCCAGGACUGCCACAACUACAUAAAAGUCCUCCUGAGCAAUGGAAAGAGCCUCUUCACCUGUGGAACCCAUGCCUUCAGUCCGCAGUGCACCUGGCGUGAGAUUGAGAAUAUUAAGAGUGUGACAAGUACCGUAUCCGGUGUUGCCAUGUGCCCGUACUCUCCUCAUGCUAAUGUGACAGCUCUACUUGCUAGGGGUAAUGCUGGACUUUUUGCUGGAGCACCAACUGAUUUUUCUGGAGCUGAUGCAGCUAUUUAUAGAACACUAGCAUCACCGAGUUUAAGAACACAUCAAUAUGACUCGAGGUGGCUAAACGAUCCCCAGUUCGUCGGCAGUUUUGAAACAGAGAAUCAUGUUUAUUUUCUCUUCCGUGAGAUCGCUGUGGAGUACAUAAAUUGCGGCAAGAAAAUCUACUCUCGAAUUGCUCGAGUUUGCAAAAAAGACCCAGGGGGUCAGCCUCUGAUGAGAGACACAUGGACAAGCUUCAGCAAGGCACGACUAAAUUGCUCACUUCCUGGUGAAUUUCCGUUUUACUACGACGAGAUCCAGGGAGCAGCUUAUAAUUCAGAGGAGGGAAUCGUCUAUGCUACGUUCACAACUCCCAGCAAUGCCAUCGCUGGCUCGGCCAUUUGUGCCUUCAACAUGACAGCAAUAGCGUCGUCAUUUAAUGGGCCAUUCAAGCAUCAAGAGCACUCGGGUGCUGCCUGGGAAAAGAAACGAGUGACCAAUCAUUACAAACAAUACUGUGGUACACCGGUCAAUGUUCCAGACCAUCAAAUCAUGGAUAAUCAACGAUAUCAGUUGAUGGAUGAUGCAGUGCAGGGCACAACAAUUUCACCACUCCAUUCGACAACUAUGGAACGAUUUACUCACAUCGCUGUGGAUGUUGUACCUACAAAGCUUCAUCGAGGGGUGACGGUGCUCUACGUUGCCACUGCUGAGGGCCUCGUCAAGAAGAUUUCAGUUCUACCAAGGACACAUGAGACUUGUAUUGUGGAAGUUUGGGGACCUCUGCCUUCUCCAGCCAUGAGCCUGCAGUUCUUGAAGGACUCACAGAGUCUGUACGUGGGAAUGGAGACUGGGCUAUUGAGAAUCCCCGCGUCUCAGUGUCAUCGUCAUAAAAAUCGGGGAACCUGCCUGAAUGCCCAGGAGCCCUAUUGUGGUUGGAACGAAUACCUGAUGAAGUGCGACGUAGCUCCGAUGGACAAUCAUCUUGCUAAUCACUGGCAACAAGAGGUAACUCGUUGCCCAGUGUUAACGGAUCCAGUUGACGGUGGCUGGAGUGUCUGGGGCGCCUGGGCCCCCUGCCAGCAUAGCACCUCCUCCUCUUUAUACCCUCGUUCCCACCUUCGCCCUCAUUCAGAGCACUCAGAGCCUCCCUCAGAUAUCUGUCAGUGUCAAACCCGAGAGUGCAACAAUCCACCACCACAAAACGGUGGUUCAAGCUGUUCAGGGCCAAGAAUACAGGUCUCCAAUUGCACUGUCCAUGGUGGCUGGACAGCCUGGUCAGCCUGGUCUGCCUGUUCCCAGACGUGUGGUUUUGCCAUAAAAACGAGAAGAAGAACAUGUACAAAUCCAGCUCCAGCAUUCGGUGGUCGAGUCUGUGUGGGUCACGAUCAUGACGAGAUCGUCUGUAUUGAGAUGCCACCAUGUCCAGCCCCAGCGAAAUCUCAGCCACCCCCGCACGCCCAGUGGUCUUCCUGGGGGCCCUGGGACUCGUGUUCCAAACCCUGCAAUAGUGGAAUAAGAAUGAGGAGACGUACUUGUGACAAACCUAGCAGAGAGGGUGGUUCCGAAUGCCCUGGCUGCAGUUUCCAAAUCGAGGAUUGCAACACUCAUCUCUGCCCCGAGACAAAGCGAUACUCCAGCUGGACACCUUGGUUGCCAUCCACGAAUGUAAGUGGUCUUCAGAAUGGUGCUUACAUGGAGAAGAGAUUCAAAUUUAGCUGCAAAGCACACACUGAGGAUCCCAGCAGUGUCCGGUCACAAUUGGUUAAGGAGGAGAGGUUCUGCCGAGACGAUGGCUCAUGCUCCAGGACAAAUAUUACCCUUCAGAGCGCUUCUGAGAUUGAGGGUACCUGGUCAGACUGGUCCCCCUGGUAUCCAUGCACAAAAAAUUGUGGUGGAGGGAGUCAACACAGGGUGAGGCAGUGUGAAACACCUCCCUGUGAGGGGGCAGGGCUCCAGAGCAGAGUCUGCAAUGUUCAUGCCUGUAGAGACGACUCUGAGGGUGAGUGGUCCUGCUGGACUGAUUGGUCAGAGUGCUCUGUGUUCUGUGGAACUGGGGUAAAGAGCAGAUCUAGGGAAUGUCUCAAGGGCUCCUGUCAAGGGCCCACUUUCAUGAGGGAGAGCUGCGAGAUGCCAAGUUGUGACUCCCUCAGGGGAUGGGAUGCCUGGAGCAAGUGGAGUGCUUGUGACAGUGCAGGACAGCAGAGCAGAAGACGUGUCUGCGUGGACCCUAGCAAUGGGGGGUGCCAAGGAGGCAGCAGGGAAACCAGGGACUGCUAUGAAGAUUGGCAUGGGGAGAUUACUUCUAAUGCUCUUCCAAGGAGUGUUGUGGCUGCUGGACUGCCUGUGGGAGCUGUUGUCGGGGGAUGCAUCGUUGGAUUUCUUGCUGGAGUGGGCAUCGCUGUGGGGGUUGGAUUCGUUUAUGUCAAGAAGAGGAAAGUCAGGGUACCUGGAAGCCCUCAUUAUAUCAGCAAGCAGAAUCCAUACGUUGCUGUACCACUCAAGGAGUGCUGCUUCCAGGUGAACGCCAAGAGAGCACCGAGUUUCUCUGGAGCUAGGGAUCUCAACGGUACCCUCAGGAAGCCAAACCCAAAUGUCAACGGUCUAGGAAGUCCCAAGUUGUAUCCAAAGGCCCUCGACUACGAGUCUGCAACCCUCAAACGCAACAGCCAUGGACAGCAGCACAUUCGUGCGGAUUUGGAUCAGGAAAAGUAUUAUUAAGAUUUUUCUCAAUGAUCAAACUCGACUGAUACUUAAUUAGGGUAAAGAUUCUAAUUGCAAUUACUGCACGGAGACUGAGAAUUGUCGAGGAACUGUUGGCGAAUGCUGACAAGUGAUUCCGUGGCCUUGUUGUUAUUUUUUAGUACAGUAGAUGUUUGUUUAUACCGACGACGUUGCUCAAUAGUGGAACUCGUGAUUUCGCAGUCAAUGGUCUCAGUGUAGGUAUCUAGACGUGAUUCUUACUUGGAAACGAAUGAUGAAGUGAAAAACAAACUGGGGAUUCAUGGUUGAGAGAAAAAAAUGGUGAGAAUUACUGGAAUUAUUGCGAAGUUUUAAAGGAGUUCGAAGACAAUCGUCUGUUUUAUUUCGAUAUUUUAUCAGGAAUUUGAGAGUUUAUUUUUAUUUUUUUUAUGUAAAUAAGAGUGAGAGUUGACUAAUCAUGCAGCUUGGUUGGGCAUUUUGAGUGUCACUUGUAUAAAGCUUUACACAAUUAUGAAUAAUCCAUUAGCGUUCUUAGGAGCAUCAAACAGACAUGAUGAUUCAAUUUGUUUUAACGCUAAUAUUCCCAUAUUUCUGGAAUCCUCUCGAGGAAAUUACGCCGUUAAGAGCUCAUAAUGAUAAUCCCAACCCCAAAAAACUGUAAAUAUAUCUAUCUAUAGAAAAUAAUGAGAUCAAUGUAUUUUUUCGAGAUUAUUUUUAAUGAUUAAUUGGAAUGUGACGUAGUGCCAUGAUGCAUAUGUACAUAGAAAUGCGUAAAAAAUCUUUUAUAUGUUUUUGAAGUGACAGCUUUUUUAGCAUAAGUACACGACGAAAUUUUAUCGAAUGUUGCAUGCAUUCAUUUCAUUGCAAUCCGACUCACAUUGAGUCAACUACUCUAAAAUAAGAAAUUUUUAUCCAUAGGAAUUAAUCCAAACAUUUUAUCAGUCGAAUGCAUUUUACUCCACGACUUAUUUACAUUUAUUUUCUGUAAUUUUCAACUCAGCCACUUGUUACGUUUCAAACACAAUACAGUUAAUUAUAAAUACUUUUAUUAUUCACCCCUGGAAUAACUUCUUGAAAAUAUUAAUCCAUGUACAAAGUUAUAGCGACCUGAGGUAAUAAAUCGCAUUUACAAUA